AGAAAGUCUGCCUCUUUAUACAUACAUACAUACAUACAUACAUACAUUUAUUUAUAUUUAUAAAUUUGUAUAUAUAUAGAUAGAUGCUUACUUAUGCUUUAGGAAAUCAAAAGCAUGACACGACAAACACUCAGGUACAUAGUCGAUCCUGAGAGAAUGGAUGUAUAUAUAAAACAAACUAUAUUCGUUCAUGAGGCAGUUGGUCAAAAUGAAGAUGAAGUUGAUGAAAAUGAGGCCGCUGAAAACGAGGCUGUUGAAAAUGAACUUGAUGAAAAUGAAGUUGACGAAAAUGAAAUGGAUGAAAAUGAACAGGAGAUAAACGAAAAUGAACCAGACGAAGAUAUCUUACCUAGUAGUAUCUUUACUUCCUCUGGCUCUACUUCUUCUCUGCCUAUUGUUAAUACAGAGAGUAGAUCUUCUUCUGGUACAUCAACUAUUGUUAUUGCUUCCACAAGUGCAGCAUCCUCAACAUCUGCCUCUUGGAUAACAAGUUCUUCCACUGUAAAUUCUAUUCUUGCUUCUUCCACAAUCAGCGUAUCAAGUUCUAUCUCAAGUGAUUCUUCUAGUAGUACCCCCACAAGCCCUAGCACUUUUUCUACUAGAGCUUCUUUACCUUCAACGUCUAUAGCCAGGCCUUAUGCUGGUCCAAGUACUAUCAGUUCAUCCAGUCACGUCGAAGUAUCUAUCUGUGUUGCUACUAUUUUUGGUAUUUCCACUUUCUUUAUCUUUUCUAUAAUUUAAAAAAAAAGUUAUUAUUACAGGAGGUAUUAUACAGUUAUCAUAAACAUUCAAUAUAAUAAAUAAAUAC